UCAGCCCCGCUGAGCAGGGAUCCAGCGAUCGCAGAGACUAAGUCUCCCCUCCCCCUGGCUGAGUGGCGUGGGCCAUGUUGAGCUGGCCGGCCUCAGGGCAGGCAGUGCGGUGGAGUGUGUGUGUGUGGGUGGGGGGUUCAGAGUGGGAGUCAGGACACCUGGGUUCUAGUCCCAGCUCUGCCACUGAUCUUGGGCAGGAUGCCUAAAGCCUGUGUCCCUACCUGUAAAAUAAGGCCAGUGACACUCCCCGAUCAAGGAGAUCUGCUGGUGGAAAGGACCGUAUGGCUGCUAAGUACUUACUAUAUGAAAAGAUCCUGAAGCUAACGUCGGAUGCCAAGUUUGAGUCCGGGGACGUGAAGGCCACUAUUGCCGUGCUCAGCUUCAUCCUCUCCAGUGCAGCCAAACACAGCGUAGGCAGCGACUCUCUGUCCAGCGAGCUGCAACAGCUGGGGCUGCCCAAAGAACAUGCCACAGGAUUGUGCCGGUCCUACGAGGAGAAACAGAGCCCCCUGCAGGACAGCCUGAGGACACGCAGCCUGAGACUGAACCAUCUGGACUCUGUGUCCUGGAGGGUGGAUCAGACGCUCAGCUCCAGUGAGCUCCAGCAGGUCAAUGAGCCCCUUGUGCACCUGAAGUUCACUGUGCGAGACGGGGACCGAGGUGUGACGGAGCCCUUUGCCAUGACCGUGUCGGCAGAGAAGUUCCGGGUCUUACUGGCAGAGCUGAGACAGGCCCACACCAUGAUGAAAACUCUCAGCUGAGCAGCUGGGAGGACGGCAGCGAGCGUGGAAGGAGCCGGCUGAUUGUGCUGCGGCCCGUUGGAGAGUCUGGUGGGUGCGGUUCCUCCGCUGGGGAAGCCCCUUGCUGCACACAGCCGCAGACACCGCCUGGGCAGAGGUUGGACUGGGCUCUCUCCUCCCUUCUCAGACCCCUGCAGCUGAAACUGACGACUGCUCUUCCCACUCUUUCUGGCUACUGUCCUCCCCUUCCCCCCUCCAGCUCUCUUGCUGUGAAGCCUCCUGCCCGCCCCUCCUCCAUCCUGCCCACAAGCCCUUGUGCUUCCAGGAGCCCCACCCCAGGAUCCGUCCCCAGAGCAAUGGUGGAUGGGAGCUUGGUGGCUUCUGCAUCUGCUAAUGAGAUCUCCACCUCGAGACCAGCUUCAGCUCGGAGUUCUCAUAACAAAGGCGUCCAAACCCAUGAGCCGUGCCACCGUGUAACACACACGCUUCCGGAAAACACCCAGGCCUGCCGGCUGGGGGCUGCUUUAUCAGUGAGAGACCCUGACGUCCCUGCCCAGCCCUUUGGUGGUGGCUCUGUUCCUGAACAGCUGCAGGGAGCUGAUCUGUCCUUCUGCUUCUGCCUGAAUUGUCUCCUGUGCCUACUCCAGGGCAGGCACUUGGGCUCUCAUGUCUCCUCUGGAGACUAGCGCGCUGCAGCCCACCAAAUGCUGCGGCUAGGCCAGCUCCACAUCACCCGCUGACUGAACUCCUGCAGCAAUCCAGGAUGCCUGUGGCUGGGGCGACUCUGCCAGUCGUACAUAAGAGGUCGGAAAGUUUCAUCAGCUGAAACGCGAUGGAGCAUUCGCUAGUCCCUUCUUGCUCCCCUGCCUCCCUCCCCUAAAAAGCACUUUGCCUCUGUUCUUUCCACUUCCUUUAAAGGAGCCCCCUCCCUGGGGGAUAAAUGCAGCUUUUCUGUCUUUCCUUCCCCCCAUGCUCCUACCACCUUUUCCAGGGCAGCUCAGUUCAUGGAAUAAAGGAUCAGCAGGAACGUG